UUGAACACUGACCAUUGGUGAAAAAUUCAAUCAUUAACUGUCAUGGCCCUUGUUGAGAAGACUGACGACCAGGGAAAUACCAUUCUAUUCAAGAGUUACAAGGGGCGAACGUUCAAUAAAGAUACUCCUGGUAAUGUUGGGGACCAUCUUGAUACGGUAGCGUCCCUACAUUGUAGGCCUGAUGAUGUCUUACUGUGUACAUUUCCAAAAUCAGGUACACACUGGGUGUUCAACAUUGCUAGAAUGAUACAAACAAAGACCCUUCAAUACAUCGGAACUCCAGUGAUGAUUGAAAAUGAGGAUGUUGGAAUUCUUGACAAAAUGAAAUCUCCAAGGCUGUUCCAUACACAUCUUACUUACCCAUUUAUCCCUAAGGUUGCUAAGGAAGGAAACUUGAAGCUUAUUUACGUGCUUCGGAAUCCAAAGGAUGUUGUUUUGUCCUACUACACGUUUACGUCUCAUCUGCAAAACACCAGUUACAGUGGAAACUUCGAUGGAUUUCUGAAAGCCUUCCUAUCUGAAGAAAAUACAGCAUUUGGCGGAUCAUGGUUUACCCAUACGAGAGAAUGGACCUCUGGGAUGAGAGCGAAUCCGGAUUUGAAGAUACUGACUCUCAAUUUUGAAGAUUUAAAAAAAGAAGAGGUUUGACCAAGUUGGUUUACCACUUUUUGACCCCUAGCAUCACCGGUAAAUCCUUGAAGGACGAAACAGCUGUAUAACGCAACCUCAUGCAGUGUCUCACAUUCUUCUUUCAAUAUAAGCAAUACAAUUAGCUGACUCACGAUUUAAA